UAUGUUCGAUACCAUUCCAUUGAUUCCGUUCCAGCCAUUACUAUGAGCCCGUCCUCCCCAAUUAAGGGUCCACUGGUUGCCUGUGAUCUGUAUUGAUCUUACUGUGAAUCUCAGUCUUCCCUCUUGCAUUUUUUCGUAACUACCUCAGCCCAGUGCAGUCCACUUCUCCACCUCUCCCUGAUCAAAAUGAACUAGCUCUCUCAAUCUCCUUCUAUCUCUUCAGUCAGUCCCCCCAGUAAAUAUACUAAAUGAACUGAAGACUUUUCUGAUGUGUAAAUUGUGACUUAAAUGAAGUAAACAUAUUUGUUUUAGACAGAUGUUUCAACUGUUUUGUAUAUGUUUGUGAAAGUGUGAGGGUCUGUGUGUGUGUCUUAGUCCAUGUGUGUGUGUUUUAAGGGGGUGGGUUAGCAGCAGGGGGCUACAGUUGGUCAGGGUUGUCUCGGAGGGGGUUUUGUGUCUGAACUGAGACUUUACUACCUUAUAAAACCCCUUCACUGGGACAGCUGUCAACCCCCUCCUGCCCCGAUCCUGCCAAAUGGUAAUGGAAAUUCCCUUGACAAAGUGUCCCCAUUUUCCUAAUGAUAACUUGGACUAAGGAAAUGGAUUCACAGUUUAUUUUCCCUUGAAUCAGCUCACUUUUCCAAUGCAUAGAGGCAUUUGCACUCUGGUGCAAUACAGGGAUUUAUCAUGUUGAACAUGAGCACACUGGUGUGUACACUGUAGAAACUGUGGCCUGCUGUCUUUAACUAUUGUACCUUGUUUCUUUGUUUCUGCUCGUUAAUUUGUCUCCACAUUCCUCUGGGCCCCCCUUCUUCCCAGACAGUAAAUAUCCAACUGUGUCAGAAGGAGAAUAAGGGGGCAGGAGAGGGCAGGGAUGGAUGGCACUCAGAGAGAGCAGGGUUGGUUUUUCAUGCCACCAUUGUCCCUGGCUGGUUGAUUAAUGGAUGUGGAAUUUGGGCUGCAGACCAGGAAUUUGAAUCCCAGAUAAAGAGAAGAAUAGACAGAGGACAUGGCCAAACAAGAGGCUGAAGGAGGGUAAGGCUCAGGGCUGGGCAGCAAGGAUGUGGUUUAGGGGGUAAGAAUGGGCUGUCCCUCCCCCUUUCCUUUCUCUACCCCAGCCCCCUUUUUUUCUCCACAAACACUUCGUUUCACAAACACACUUUCACACUGCUUCACAUACUCACUUUCACACUGCCACAAUCUACUGAUCUACUUGUAGGACAGACACCUAAAAGACAGGACCUGUAAAUCACUAAUCAAAAGGAGGAGAGAGAAAGUGAGGAAGAGACAGCCCAUAAAGCUGUACUAUAGCCCUGCAUCUUGAGGAAGAUUUUCUGUUAGCAUAAACCGCAAAAGGGUGUCAAGGACGUACAACAUUAUACAAGUGAACAGAACUGUGGAUUAGAGGAAGACUGAUCAAUUCUGGAAUAUCACUUUGGUUCCCCUCCCUGUGUUAUUGAUCUUUGCCCGUACAUUUAUGUACUGCUGACUCAAGUGUGUGAUUGUGAUUGAGUGACUCCGCAGCAUUUGUUUGUCUGUCUGCUACCUGCUCUCUAUUUGUUUGCUUCUGUGUGUUUAUGUGUAGUAUGCGGGGAACAUUUGUGUUGUUAUGUGUGUGUGUGAGUUUGUCCCUCCACCACCAUACAAUGUCUCAAUCGCCUCCUGAAGGUGACAGCCUCAUGGAGUGCACAGAUGGUUAUGAGUGGGAUAUUGAGAGUCAGCAUUGUAAAGAUAUCAAUGAGUGUCAGACCAUUGUGGAGGCCUGCCAGGGGGAGAUGAAGUGUUUUAACCACUAUGGCGGUUACUUGUGUCUCCCACGCUCUGCCUCUGUCAUCACCGCCCCUGAACCGUCCAGCCAAUCAGUGGCCAUCCUGCCAGUGGAGUCCAACGAGGCCUUCAACCCCUGUCCUGUGGGCUACGAUGCCCAUGGGGAGGGCUGUGUAGACGUGGACGAGUGUGUACUCAAUCUUCAUGACUGCCAGCCAAGCCAGCAGUGCGUUAACACUGUGGGCACCUACAGCUGCCAGUGUCCAGAUGGAUACAGCAAGAUUGGUAUUGAGUGUGUGGACAUUGAUGAGUGCAGAUACAGGUACUGUCAGCAUCGCUGUGUAAAUGUACCUGGCUCUUUCUCCUGUGAAUGUGAGCCUGGGUUUCAGUUGGCUGGAAACAACCGUUCAUGUGUGGAUGUGAACGAGUGUGAGUUGGCCGCCCCCUGUCAGCAGAGAUGUUACAACACGUAUGGCACCUUCCUUUGUCGCUGUGAACAGGGCUACGAGCUGGGACCAGACAGACACUCAUGCAAUGACGUAGACGAGUGCAGCUACUCCAGUUCCAUGUGCCAGUUCCAGUGUGUUAACGAUCCGGGGAGGUUCUCCUGUAUCUGUCCAGAGGGGUACCAGUUAGAGGGCACCAGACUCUGCCAAGAUGUGAAUGAGUGUGAAACAGACAUACACCAGUGUGGAGAGGGCCAGACCUGUAUUAACAUCCAUGGGGGUUAUCAGUGCACCGAUUCCAACCGCUGUCAAGAGCCCUAUGUGCAAGGGUCCGACAACCGCUGUGUUUGCCCGGCCAUCAAGCCUGAGUGUGGUGACCUCCCCUUCUCCAUCGUCCACCGCUACAUGAGCAUCACCUCAGAGCGCUCCGUCCCCUCAGACAUCUUCCAGAUCCAGGCCACCAGCGUCUACCCUGGAGUCUACAACACCUUCCGCAUCCGCUCUGGGGACGACAAUGGGGAAUUCUACAUACGGCAAAUUAACAACAUCAGUGCCAUGCUGGUCCUGGCCCGUGCUUUGACCGGUCCAAAAGAGUACACCCUGGAGCUGGAGAUGGUGUCUGUCAACCCCCUCAUGAGCUACCAGACCAGCUCUGCCUUACGACUGUCUGUCUUUGUAGGACAAUACGCCUUCUGAGGAGAGAGGAGAAUGGCUGGAAUGGAAUAAAUGGAACAGUAUCAAACUUGUUUUUGAUACGGUUCUAUUUAUUCCCUUCCAGAUAUUAUUCCCUCCUUUCACCAGCCUCCUCUGACACAUACACAAGGACACACGCAUGGCACACUGGCACAGGGUACACAUGGCUGGCACACGGGUACAUCACAAUAGUUUAAGACAGUUCAAUCAGUAAUAUUCCCAUUACAGUUAUAUAAACAGAUUAACCUAUCACCUUGUGUUCACCAUAACACAGUUGGUAUCUGGUCUCUACACCAUAUUUUCAAUUUUCAACCCUAACCCUAAGUUAUAUAGAGGGCCAUUAUCUUGUUACCAAGGCAACUGAUGAAAACAUCCAUUCAAGGGUACCAUUUCCACCCAUGUUAUACUAUGUUCUCUUUCUCUCCAUCAAUAAUUUACAUUACUGUUUGUUACUAUUCUGUAGUUUUUUUUAAGUUUUAGUUUUUAGUUUUUCUUUUACAACUUAUGGUUGUUUUGACAUGUUACUAAAAUGAAAAGAAAUGAAACCAA